AUGUCGUCCUCCCUUUCAGUCUCGCAGAUCGGCGAGAACAUUAACUCCCCACUUGCCAUCGAGGUCGCGCAAUGGGCUACAGCGAAGAACCAAUUUGCACUUGCACGUCGCUAUUUGCGCCUCUUCAAAUGGAUCGAUUGUUUCACAGUCGCCCAUGCAGAGUACCAGGCAUACGGCAACACGCCGCCGAGGCCGAACGAUGAAAAGGAGCAGAAAGCCUCGGGAGACAACGUGCGCAUCCUCCUCUCGGUGUUGAAAUGGUCAUUUCUUGGCAUAUAUCUCUUCAUGGAGAUGUUUACGAUCACAAACGCACUAUCUAUCACUUCCUAUUCAUGGGGUCCGGCUCUCCAAAUCGAGGCUCUGAAGUUCUGGUUCUACGCUCUCGCGGUCUCUGUUGUGUUGGGAAUCUAUGAUCUGUCAUUGCUCGCCUCCAGUUCCGUGUCCACCAGAGAGCGAAAAGACGACAGUCCGACGACACGUACUCCAAACGAUGAGAAGAAGCCGACAACACAGUCAACGAACCCUCCUUCUUCCGAGGUCCAAACUAGUGCCAAGCGCCGAGCAGUAUGUAAGCAGAUCGUGAUCGACGGCUGCGAUCUGCUUAUCCCCGGGGCCGUCGUGGGAUGGGUUCCACUGGAUCCUGUCACGGUUGGGAUGGCCGGCUCGAUCAGUGCGCUGCUCGGUGCUUCGGACGUCUGGGCCAGAGUCAAUCGAUGA